AUGGCGGCGGCGGCGGGCGCCCCUCCGCCGGGUCCGCCGCAACCUCCUCCGCCGCCGCCGCCCGAGGAGUCGUCCGACAGCGAGCCCGAGGCGGAGCCCGGCUCUCCUCAGAAACUCAUCCGCAAGGUGUCCACGUCGGGCCAGAUCCGCCAGAAGACUGUCAUCAAAGAGGGGAUGCUGACCAAACAGAACAAUUCAUUCCAACGAUCAAAAAGGAGAUACUUCAAGCUGCGGGGGCGGACGCUGUACUAUGCAAAAACGGCAAAGUCCAUCAUAUUUGACGAGGUGGACCUGACAGACGCCAGCGUGGCUGAAUCCAGCACCAAGAACGUCAACAACAGUUUCACGGUCAUCACUCCAUGUAGGAAACUCAUCUUAUGUGCUGACAACAGGAAAGAAAUGGAAGACUGGAUCGCGGCGCUGAAGACUGUCCAGAACAGGGAGCACUUUGAGCCUUCCCAGUACAGCAUGGACCAUUUCUCAGGGAUGCACAACUGGUACGCGUGUUCCCAUGCGAGGCCGACCUACUGCAACGUGUGCCGCGAGGCCCUGUCUGGGGUCACGUCACACGGACUGUCCUGUGAAGUGUGCAAAUUUAAGGCGCACAAACGGUGUGCCGUGCGUGCAACCAACAACUGCAAGUGGACCACGCUGGCCUCCAUCGGGAAGGACAUCCUUGAGGACGAGGACGGGAUCGCCAUGCCGCACCAGUGGCUGGAAGGGAACCUGCCUGUGAGUGCCAAGUGCACGGUGUGCGACAAGACGUGCGGCAGCGUGCUGCGCCUGCAGGACUGGCGCUGUCUCUGGUGCAAGGCCAUGGUGCACACGUCAUGUAAAGAGUCCUUACAGACCAAGUGCCCGCUGGGCCUGUGUAAGGUGUCGGUCAUCCCGCCCACGGCGCUCAACAGCAUCGACUCUGAUGGCUUCUGGAAGGCCACGUGCCCUCCGUCCUGCACAAGCCCGUUGUUGGUCUUUGUCAACUCCAAAAGUGGGGACAACCAGGGCGUGAAGUUCCUCAGAAGAUUCAAACAGCUGCUGAACCCUGCCCAAGUGUUUGACCUCAUGAACGGAGGCCCACACCUCGGCUUACGCUUAUUCCAGAAGUUUGAUACAUUCCGGAUUCUGGUUUGUGGUGGGGAUGGCAGUGUUGGCUGGGUGCUCUCUGAGAUCGACAGCCUCAAUCUUCACAAGCAGUGCCAGCUGGGAGUGCUGCCCCUCGGCACAGGGAAUGACCUGGCUCGUGUGUUAGGCUGGGGCUCAGCCUGUGAUGAUGACACUCAGCUCCCGCAGAUCUUGGAAAAACUAGAAAGAGCCAGCACCAAGAUGCUGGACCGGUGGAGCGUCAUGGCCUACGAGACCAAACUGCCUCGGCCGGCCUCCUCUUCCACCACUGAGGACUUCAGCGAGGGCUCUGAGGUGCAACAAAUUCUCUUCUAUGAAGACUCCGUUGCGGCCCAUCUUUCUAAAAUCCUGACCUCGGACCAGCACUCGGUGGUGAUCUCCUCAGCCAAAGUGCUCUGCGAGACGGUGAAGGACUUUGUGGCUCGGGUGGGCAAGGCCUAUGAGAAGACCACAGAGAGCUCGGAGGAGUCAGAGGUCAUGGCCAAGAAGUGCUCUGUCCUGAAAGAGAAGCUGGACUCUCUCCUGAAGACCCUGGACGACGAGUCUCAGGCCUCAUCCUCCCUGCCCACCCCGCCCCCCACCAUCGCGGAGGAGGCAGAAGAUGGAGACGGGGCGGGCAGCGGCUGCGGCUCCGCUGGGGAGCGCCCGGUGGGGUCGGUGUGCCCCGCCCGGCCGCAGAUAUUCCGUCCCCGGGAACAACUCAUGCUCAGGGCCAACAGCCUGAAGAAGGCCAUCCGGCAGAUCAUAGAACACACAGAGAAAGCUGUCGAUGAGCAGAAUGCCCAGACUCAGGAACAGGAGGGCUUCGCCUUAGGUCUCUCGGAGUCGGAAGAGAAAAAAGACCCAAAGUCGGACGACAGAGUGUGUCCCACCGAGAGCUGUGGGGUUGCCAAGGCCAGGAGCCUCCGCAAAGUAUCCAAAUCCCCAUGUGAGAAGCUGAUAAGCAAAGGAAGUCUGACGCUGGGCAGUUCUGCCUCUCUUCCUCCGCAGUCAGGAAGCCGGGACGGGCUGCCAGCACUGAACACCAAGAUCCUGUUCUCGAACGUUCGGGCUGGGAUGUCUGGUUCCUUGCCUGGAGGUUCAGUCAUCAGUCGCUUGUUAAUUAACGCUGACCCCUUUAACUCGGAACCAGAAAACCUAGAGUAUUACACGGAGAAGUGCGUCAUGAACAAUUACUUUGGCAUCGGCCUGGAUGCGAAGAUCUCCCUGGACUUCAACAACAAGCGUGAUGAGCACCCGGAGAAGUGCAGGAGCCGGACCAAGAACAUGAUGUGGUACGGAGUUCUUGGCACCAAAGAGUUGCUGCACAGAACCUACAGGAACCUGGAGCAGAAAGUCCUGCUGGAGUGUGACGGGCGCCCCAUCCCACUGCCCAGUCUGCAGGGGAUCGCUGUCCUCAACAUUCCCAGCUAUGCCGGAGGGACCAACUUCUGGGGGGGCACCAAGGAAGAUGAUACUUUUGCAGCUCCGUCGUUCGAUGAUAAGAUUCUGGAGGUGGUGGCUGUAUUUGGCAGUAUGCAGAUGGCUGUCUCUCGCGUCAUUAAGCUGCAGCAUCACCGAAUUGCCCAGUGCCGCACGGUGAAGAUUUCCAUCCUGGGGGAUGAGGGCGUCCCUGUGCAAGUGGACGGAGAGGCCUGGGUCCAGCCUCCGGGAUACAUUCGGAUUAUCCACAAGAACCGGGCGCAGACACUCACCAGAGAUAGGGCGUUUGAGAACACCCUGAAGUCCUGGGAAGACAAGCAGAAGUGUGAGCUUCCUCGCCCUCCGUCUUUCUCUCUGCACCCGGAGAUCCUGUCUGAGGAAGAGGCCACACAGAUGGACCACUUCGGGCAGGCGGCGGGGGCCCUCAUCCACAGUAUCCGGGAGAUAGCUCAGUCCCAUCAAGACAUGGAGCAGGAACUUGCCCACGCCGUCAACGCCAGCUCCAAGUCCAUGGACCGAGUGUAUGGCAAGCCCAGAACCACAGAGGGGCUGAACUGCAGCUUUGUCCUGGAAAUGGUGAAUAACAUCAAAGCUCUGCGCAGCGAGACGGAACUGCUGCUGGCCGGGAAGAUGGCCCUGCAGUUGGACCCCCCUCAGAAGGAGCGGCUUGCGGCUGCUCUAGCCGAGAUGGAGCGGCAGCUCAGGAAGCUGGCGGACACCCCCUGGCUGUGCCAGCCCCUGGAGCCUGGUGAUGAGGAGAAUGUGAUGCUGGAGCUUUCCAAACGCAGCCGCAGCGGCAAAUUCCGCCUGGUGACGAAGUUUAAGAAAGAGAAGAACAGCAAGAACAGAGAAGCCCGCAGUAGCCUGGGAGCCCCGGUUCACCUCUGGGGGACAGAGGAGGUUGCUGCCUGGCUGGAGCACCUCAGUCUCUGUGAGUAUAAGGACAUCUUCACUCGGCACGACAUCCGGGGCUCCGAGCUCCUGCACCUGGAGCGGAGGGACCUCAAGGACCUCGGCGUGACCAAGGUGGGCCACAUGAAGCGGAUCCUGUGUGGCAUCAAGGAGCUGAGCCGGGGCGCUCCUGCCACCGAGGCCUAGCCCUGGCCCUGUCGGCCUGCGUCCCCCGCUCACCCCGUGACUGAGGCGGGGACACGCUGUCCCUCCUCAUGGUGCUACCCCCCCGCCCCCCCCGCUCCAGACAGGAAGCCUCGCGGAUGCCCCUUCAGUGACCGUUCCGGGGCGUCGCCCACACCAACACAGCUACCUUUGAAACAACACCUUGUCCGGCCGGACGCCGUGCGGGGAGGACCGCCCCUGCCUCUCCGCCCUGCGACCCGGGCCCCUGGCCGGCCUGUGCGCGCUCUCCCCGCCGCCAGCCCUGUAACUGCGCGCCGUGUGGCCUCUCCCGGGUGUGCAGACCACCUGGCCCGGCUGGCAGCCUCCCGCACUGGAAGGUUCUGUGUCCGCCGGCCCCCCCCCCCCCCUUCUUCUCAGCAGCCUUGCGAGGCCACCACCUGCCUGGCGCCCCUCCCGCGUGUUCCUGAGUCUUUGGCGAAGAUGCUGCCCCUCCUGCCUCGAAAGCGGCCCAGGCGCCGCCCACGUCGGGGCACUUGGCCUCUGGAAGCCGAGCAGACGGCCGGGUCUGGUCCUGGGCUCGCAGACCCCCUCCCCGGUUGCCUUUGGUCUCGUCCUGGUUUGCGCCUUCCUCGUGAGCUGCUGGCGUGGGGCGUGGCCGCUCUGUCCCCGAGAGGCCGCAGCCCCGAUCUCCCCGCAGACAGAGGAUGUGUCUGCGCGAGCCUGGGGUUCGUGAGCGCGAGCGCUUCCCGGGCGCCGGGGGUGCCUCCCUUGCGGGGGAGCGUCCUGACCGCCCCUGACCCCGUGCGUGGCUGGCUGCCUCACGCCGCUCUCGCCCACCCCCCCCCCCCCCCGCACCGCCACAGCUCAGCCUGCGGGGCUCUGUGACCCGGCCCAGCUGCCAGCCGGGUCCCCACGCCCCUACCCUGUAGCUCACGUCACCCCUCGUCCGCGUGAGGGCACGGGGCUGCGGGUGUCAUCCAGUAACCCUUGGGGGGCUCACCGCUGAACAGCAUCUGCCUGUUCCUUGCUCGGCAGGCCCCUCCC